AUGGCGUUUCCAUUGGGCAACGCGCAGCCUCGGAGCGUUGUUCGGAUUGUGGAACAGAGGCGGAAUUCGUGGAUGUUUCCUCUUAAAAUAUUCUGGAGAAAAUGCAGUAUAACUUCUUUUAACUUAGAAUGCAUAUUGCACUGUUUUCUUUUCCUGCUAGUGUUUGGAAGAGCAAUACAUGCCAUAGCACGUAUUAGUGAUGAAUUUUGGUUUGACCCCAUAGAAAAAGGGCUUGCCUUAAGAUCAGUGAAUUCUUCAAGGUCGGCAUAUGCAUGUGUGUUCUUCUCAUCUAUGUUUUUUCAACAUUACUGCUGGACAGCUGUGUCUCUACCAUGUCAGAAGGAAAAACAGUUAUCCCUGCCAUGUAAAUUGAUAAUUAAGUCAGUUCUUCCUGUAUUUAGAUGUGUAAAUGUGCUGGAAAGGAAUGUGGAGAAAUGCAGGAUUUAUACAAAUAUUAAUGAUCACCACAUCACUUUUCAGCUCCUCUGCAAACACGGGGUUGUAAAAACUUACAAUCUGACUUUUCAAGAAUGUGAUCCAUUGCAGGCUGUUUUUGCAAAGCACAUGUGUCCAAACGUACUCAAAGUCCACUCCAGGCUGCUGGCCGAUAUACUGAUUCACUUCCCAACCAGUCAAGAAGAAGUCACCUUAUCAGUCACUCCAAUGAAAGUGUGUUUCAAGAGUUACGCUGAGGAAGACACUGAUUUUUCAAAGACGAUGCUCACCGAAAUACAACUAAGUCCAGAUGAAUUCGACUACUUCCAAGUUGGAAUAGAUUGUGAAGUGACGUUUUGCCUUAAAGAAUUGAGGGGACUGCUGGCAUUGUCAGAAGCUACCAGUGUUCCAGUCUCAAUCCAUUUCGAGGGAUCUGGAAAACCAAUUGCUUUCAGCGUUGAAGAUAUGGUGCUGGAAGCCAGCUUUAUUUUGGCUACCUUGUCUGACAUGGAGAAGGAGACAGCUUCCCAGCAGCCUGCCCGCUUCUCCCAGCGACAGGAAAGCCUGAAGACAGGUAAAUCUGAAAAAACCUCCAUGGAUCAGCAUAGCAAUGCAGCAGCAGUUGUUCCCAAAAACCCACCACGGAAUGGAAAAGCACUGAACCCAGAGUCAGCGAAUCCCACGCGUCCUGUGGCAAAACAAGGGGUGAAAAGUGUUCCCAGAGUCACCGAGUGCGCAACGACAAGCAUGGAAGGAACAGCCAGGCCCAAGGCAGAGGGCCACGCAACGCUGGAAGAAGAGGCAAGGAGGUCUCAUUACCAGCAGGUAAGGAGACUGGCAGUCAUGGUUACAGUGGGAUACCUCCGCUGGGACCUGGCUGAACGCCGCCUGUGGUCCGGGGAUCGCUGCACGACCAUUCUCCGCUCCGCACUUCCUUACUUCUCUAAAUAUUGCCUUUUCCAGUUUCAGUCGUUGUUUUUUGGAGCAGUUUCUUGUCAGAAGGACACUGUCAGUCACACGUUCUGCAGUUUAGCAACAGCCAGUGACACCGACGAGGAGCCUGGCAACACGGAGAGCUCCCAGGUUCUCCAGUGA